AUUAAAUUGUGACAAAGUAACACCGAAACAUAAUAAAAAUUAUUUCGCGUUGGUGUCAGUUUGCUUAUAUAAUUAUUUAAUUUGGCUAACGAAAUAAGCAAGCGACGAAAUGAAAGUAAAAGAACUGCAGAAGACGGUGAAUAUUGCUUGGUCGCCGCUACCACAAAACCCCAUUUACCUGGCAGCCGGUAGCGCCGCACAGCAAAUCGACUCGAAUGUGAAUCCAACAUUGGAAAUAUACUCAACGAAUUUUAUCGACCCAAGUUAUGAUUUGGAAUUGAAAGCGAGUCUACCCAGCCAGUAUAGAUUCCAAAAGGUUAUUUGGAGCCCUACCGGUUACGAUGGUGCACACCCGAAUGGCUUGAUUGUAGGUGGUUGUGAAGGUGGUCAUGUUAUGAUUUACUCCGCUGCUAAAAUGCUCGCAAACGAAGAGGGCCUUAUUGCGCGACAAGAUAAGCACACCGGACCGGUUAGUGGACUGGACGUUAAUCCCUUUCAAACGAAUCUGUUAGCAUCAUGUGCUUCUGAAUCGGAAAUAUUUAUUUGGGAUUUAAAUAACACUACGACACACAUGAAUCCAGGGACUAAAACGCAACCACUAGAAGAUGUACAAAAUGUCGCUUGGAAUCGACAAGUGCAACAUAUAUUGGCGUCAGUGUUUAGCUCACGAUGUGUUAUCUGGGAUUUACGUAAAAGCGAACAAAUCAUUAAACUCUCCGAUACACAAUCGCGUGUACGUUGGCAUGCCAUACAAUGGCAUCCGGAUGUGGCUACACAAGUAUGGCUCGCUUCAGAGGAUGAUCAAGCACCUGUGGUGCAAUUGUGGGACUUACGUUACGCCACUGCGCCAGCCAAAACAAUGCAGAUACAUCAACGUGGUGUGCUCGGCAUGUCAUGGUGUCCACGUGAUGUCGAUUUAAUGGUGUCAUGCGGCAAAGAUAAUCAUAUUUAUUGUUGGAAUCCAAAUACUGACUUGCCAGAGGGGGAAAUACUUUCGGAGGUGGCAGCCACCGCCACUUGGUAUUCAGAUGUGCAAUGGUGUCCACGUAAUCCAGCGCUUGUCGCAAGUGCUAGCCUUGAUGGUAAUGUUUCGAUCUAUUCACUAUUUGGUGGUACACAACAACAGGUGCAAACUUCUAAUAAGAUAGCUGACUCUUUCCCGGGUAUGGAUCAAAUUGCACAGGCACCCAUACCACAACAAUCAACACAGAUAGUAUACCAUGAUUUGAAACGUGCACCAAAAUGGAUUAAAAGGCCUUGUGGCGUGGCAUUUGGCUUUGGUGGCAAAUUAGUGCAUUUCAAUGGUCAAUCGAAGCAAGUACAAGUGUCACAAGUGGUCACCGAACCAGAGUUGGUAGAGCGUGCCAACGCUCUAGAACGUUCCCUCACCGAGGCGAAUUUCGUUGAUUAUUGUCGUGAACGUGCCGAUAAAAUGCCGGAUCAAAAUGGACGUUAUUUAUGGUAUUUCAUAAAAGCAAAUUUCGAAUUAAAUCCAAAAGAGGAAAUGUUGAAUUUACUUGGCUUCAACAAAGAUGACAUAGAUAGUAAAUUUGCAAAAUUUGUAAAAGAAGAUGAGACGCAGCAAAAUGAGGUGGAUCAAGUGACUAAUCGCUUGGCUAAUCUCACGCAUAGCGAUUCAUCGGAAGUUGAGUGUGAUCAAAGUACUGAUGGUAGUACUGACACAUCGCAUCCCGUCGAUAAUAACGCCAUCUUUGACGGUAUUGCCGCCACUCACAAGCAGCAGCAAUUGGAUAGUGAAAAUGCAGCAAAACCAGCAAAACAAUUUGCCAUACCGAAAGGCGAACAUCCGGAUAGUCUCAUCACCGAGGCCAUACUCACUGGUAACCUGGAGGCCGCUGUUGAACUUUGCUUGGACUCUCAACGCCCAUCAGAAGCGUUGAUUAUUGCCUCAACCGCGGGUAUUGAUUUUCUCACCAAAAUUCACAACCGCUACUUGCAACAACAACAAAAUGAGCUAUCUAAUGUUAUAAGCGCAUUGGUGACACGUGACUGGUUGGAUUUCGUCAAUCGUUGCACUGUUGAGUCAUGGAAGGAGGCUUUGGUGGCCGCACUCAAGCAUAGCGAUCGUAAAGUUGUGGAUAUUUGUGAACGCCUAGGUGAUCGCCUACUGGAGGAACGUGCACAAAGCGUCGAUUUCACACGAAAUGCUAUGCUGUGUUACGUGUGCGCGGGCAGUAUUGAUAAAUUGGUAGCUGCAUGGCAUCAAUUGAAGGCGCUAGAGCAUCAAAAUAAUAACUAUAAACCGAAUACCAACGAAUUGCAGGAGUUAGCUGAGAUCGUUAUGUUAAUGAGCAAAUCAUUGGAGCAGCAAGGCAUUGCCUUGGAUUUGAACGGUCGAUUUGCUGAUUUCAUCACACAAUAUGGCGGUCUCUUAGUGGCACAGGGUGCGCUUACAGCUGCAUUGGCGUAUAUUUUUGCUUUGAGCACCGGCAAUAACGAAGAAAAUCUCGAGUUGACGGAAUUGCGUGAACGCAUAUAUAAUACGGUGAAUUAUAGACCACCGGUUGCAGCGGCAGGUGGACGUGGAGCAUAUCAGCAACGGCAGCAACAACAAAACAUUUAUGGUCGACAACAACAGCAACAACAACUGCCUCCACAACAACAACAGCAGGCUGCUGUCGCACGCGGCUCAUUUUCACAUGGCUUGCCACAAACUCAAGGUGUUUACGGUGGCGCUCCAGCAACAAAUCAAUACGGCACUAAUCCACCCAACAACUGGAAUUCAUCAGCUGUAUCAACACCUAGUGGCGUGUCCGCAUUAUCGCAGCCACCAGUGCCACCAACACUAUUUAAUCCACUCGCCGCCGCCGCAGGGUCACAACAGCCAGCCACAUCCGCUGCAGCCAAACCACCACUGCCAGGCGCAGCCAUACCUGGACAUAUUACAAAUGAUGCAUUGCACGCACAGCCACCACGUCCGGCCAGCAAUGCCAGCUCACAGGGUGGUAGUGGUGCUAAUUUACAUUCACGUUCCAAAUACGUGCUAGAUCCAUCUGUGGCUUCCGCCGGUUCCAUGGGUGGUUACGGUGUUGGCGGUGGUUAUCAACCGCAAAUGGCAGCGCCAGCACCUGCAGUUGUGCCCUCAUUCAAUACAAGUCCAUUUAAUGCGCCACUUGUGGCCGCGCCAAGUGUGUUGCAACCCUCACCAGCGCCGUUCAAUGUGGGAGCUGGCGGUUUAUAUGGUCUAAGUGGCAGCAAUAAUUACACUGAUAUCAAUAAUACACAACAGUCGUUGGCGCCAGCACCACCGCCACCAACGCAGAGCUUACAGCGCACACGUACACCGCCACCAGGCUGGAAUGAUCCACCAGCAUUGAAGUCGACGCGUGCGCAGCCUAAAAAGCCGGAACCUGCACCCACAGCUGCACCCAUUACUCAUCCCUUGUUCGGCGUUGAUCCAAAUCAAAAUCAAAAUGGUUUUACAGAUCCCUAUGGUAACGCUCCAUAUCAGAAUUCCGGCAUGCCGCCACCACCACCAACUGCAAAUAAUAGCAACAUGGUGGCGAAUCCCUUACAACCUACCAGUCCCGCUGGUUAUUACAAUUCAACAUUGCCACAAAAUAAUAAUUUACCCACACAACAAUUUCCGCAACAAAUGAAUUUCCAAACUUCAGCCAUACCACAACAACAGCAACAACAAUGGAAUACGCAACCACAAAAUGUGGGUUACACCGAACAGCCGGCGCCAGUGCAACGACAACCGGAAGUGCCAAAAGAGAAGCCGCCACUACCGGAGGAGUACAUAUAUCUGCAAACAGUGUUGGAGGAAUUGAAGAAUCAGUGUUUGGCGGCGUCAGCAGAUCCGCGCAUGAAACGGAAAUUCGUGGACGUAGCCAAGCGCUUGGAGAAUCUUUAUGACUGUUUACGUGAUGGCCGUCUCCAUUCAACCACCAUUACAGCGCUCAAUCAAAUCGUGCAGUACAUACAAGUGGGUGACUACGCUAAUGCAUUGCAGACGCAUACGCAAAUUGCAUUCGGCUCCGAUUUUUCACAGUGUGCUGGCUUUAUGCCGGGUCUAAAAGUUCUCGUACAAUCGGCCGCCGAUUUACAAAUUUAUUUACGUUAAGUUAUGCAAACGGAGAAGAGAAAAA